AAUCAGCAAGCGGAGCCCGAACCGGGUAACUGGGUGUAACAUCGUAGGGCCGUUGGUUCAGCGUGAAUGACUCUGCACAGGCUGGGGGGUACUGAGCGCACACAGUGAGGGGCGCCAUCCCUGACUCUCUGACUUUUGCCCGACUCUCUGGACGUACCCUGACCUCCCGUUUCUGGAGUAUUAAACACCAGCAUCGUAGCGAUUUAAAAAGCAACUCCCUGUGCUCUUAACAGAAGAGAUUGUGUAGUGUCUUCAAAAAGGUGGCCCCUGAAGACAUUGAGUAUCAAGUCUAGCGAGCAUCCUAAAUGGCUAAGCAACGGCUUCUACCAGUGGCAGCUUUUGUCUUAAUGUACUGUGUUGUUAGUAUUUUUUGUCAGACUUCUCAAACACCCUGGAAACUAGAAGCAAUAAGUAAAGAAGACAUGUACAAUGCAGAUAUCAAAUACUCUGCCUAUGAAUCUGAGGCAAACAAUGCAUCAGACAGAUCCCUUGCAGGACCUCCCCUGGAAAGCACAAUAUAUUGUCAAAAGUCUACAGAGAUCAACAAAGCCUUCAAGUAUGUAAACACUGUGAUUUCCUGCCUCAUUUUUGUGGUUGGCAUUAUUGGCAACUCAACAUUACUACGGAUAAUCUACAAGAACAAGUGUAUGAGAAAUGGACCCAACAUCUUAAUCGCUAGCCUGGCACUGGGGGACCUGCUUUACAUUCUCAUAGCUAUUCCAAUCAAUGUGUACAAGCUAUUGGCAGAAGACUGGCCAUUUGGAAUGGGGGUUUGCAAGCUGGUCCCGUUUGUUAAUAAGGCGUCUGUGGGCAUCACAGUGCUAAGCCUCUGUGCACUCAGUAUAGACAGGUACCGGGCAGUGGCAUCCUGGAGUCGAGUUCAGGGGAUUGGAAUCCCAGUUUGGAAGGCUGUAGAGGUCACUAUUAUAUGGGUAGUAGCUAUUGCCUUGGCUGUGCCUGAGGCAAUUGGUUUUGAAAUGGUGUCAAUGUCUUACAGGGACCAUGAACUGCGGAUCUGCCUGCUUCAUCCAGAACAGAAAUCAAAGUUUAUGAUGUUUUACAAGGAGAUGAAGGACUGGUGGCUGUUUGGCAUCUAUUUCUGUCUUCCUCUGGCCUGCACAGGAGUGUUUUAUACGCUCAUGUCAUGUGAGAUGUUGAGUAAGAGGAAUGGUAUGCGAAUAGCCCAGACAGAUCAUAUGAAGCAGCGUCGUGAGGUGGCAAAAACUGUCUUUUGUCUGGUGGUUGUUUUUGCUUUGUGCUGGCUGCCUCUUCAUUUAAGCAGAAUGCUGAAAAAAAACAUUUAUGAUGAAAAUGAUCCCAACAGGUGUGAACUGUUAAGCUUCCUCCUUGUCAUUGAUUACAUCGGUAUCAAUAUGGCCUCCAUGAACUCAUGCAUCAACCCAGUGGCUCUAUACUUUGUCAGUAAAAAAUUUAAGAAUUGUUUUCAGUCCUGUUUGUGCUGCUGCUGUCAGAGCCCACACCUGAGUGCCACACCAAAGGACGGGAAGUUGUCCGCAGGAAAAUGGAAACCCAACAGCCAAGAGAUGCGGUCAGACAGAAGCAGCUCACGUUUCAGCAAUAAGUACAGCUCAACUUAAAUAGAAUUUAAGAAGGCUUCUGAAACUCUACAUCUUAAAAAUCAACAUUUCCAUGGUUAAGGGACACUUUCUACUGUUUGUGGAGAAACAUAGGU